CGCCUCUGCUGCUGCUGCUGCUACUGCUUCUGCUAAAAUAAUAGCCCGGCUGUGCAGAUCUCCCACAAUUCUCCUCUCCUCGGACGCACGGAGGAGCAUAGCGUGAUAGGCUUAGGGGUUAGCACGGAGAGGGGAACUACUGCAGCAGACGAGCCGAGCACAGCUGUCAGGAAUCCCACCUCCACAACAGCGACGAUUCUCCGGCUUGACUGAACCAUGACCACAGAGAGCGGACCAGAGUCUGCGCCUAAGCAGCAGGAGAAGGAGGAGAAAACCAAAGGAGCAUCCCAAACCAGCUCACCCCAAAACCAACCAGAGCUCCCGGCUGCCGUGGGACACAGCACCCCGGCCCACAAAGAACAGGAUCACCCAGAGGAGGACUUGGUCUCCCAUCAGUCCUCUUCAAGUCGUCUGUCCCGCUCUCCGCUCAGAGGUGUGAAGAAGGUGAAGAUCAUGCCCUGUAAAGUGACUCUGCUGGACGGGUCAGAGUACACCGUCAAUGUGGAGAAACGAGCUAAAGGCCAGGUCCUCUUUGACAAAGUGUGCGACCACCUGAACCUGCUGGAGAAGGAUUACUUUGGCAUCACAUACAGAGAUGUAGAGAACCAGAAGAAUUGGCUAGACCCCUGCAAAGAGCUCAAGAAGCAGAUCAGAACUGGACCCUGGAACUUUGCUUUCAAUGUGAAGUUUUACCCUCCAGAUCCAUCCCAGCUCAGUGAGGACAUCACCAGGUACUACCUUUGCCUUCAGCUGCGUGACGAUGUGGUCUCCGGUCGCCUUCCCUGCUCCUUUGCCACUCACACAGUCCUUGGCUCAUACACAGUCCAGUCUGAACUUGGAGACUACGACCCCGAAGAGCUGGGGACGGACUACAUCAGUGAACUGCGCUUUGCACCAAACCAAACCAAAGAACUUGAAGAGAAGGUCAUGGAGCUGCACAAGACUUACAAGGGCAUGACACCGGCCGAAGCAGAGAUGCACUUUUUGGAAAACGCAAAGAAAUUGUCAAUGUACGGAGUGGAUCUGCAUCACGCCAGGGAUUCUGAAGGAGUGGAGAUCAUGCUGGGGGUGUGUGCCAGUGGACUCCUCAUUUACAGAGACAGGCUCAGGAUCAACAGGUUUGCGUGGCCCAAAAUCCUCAAAAUCUCCUACAAGAGGAACAACUUCUACAUCAAAAUCAGGCCAGGAGAGUUUGAGCAGUUCGAAAGCACCAUUGGUUUCAAGCUCCCAAAUCAUCGCGCGGCUAAACGUCUUUGGAAAGUCUGUGUCGAACAUCACACAUUCUUCAGACUGGUGUCUCCUGAAGCUCCUCCAAAGAAGUUCCUGAGUUUGGGCUCAAAGUUUCGUUACAGCGGCCGGACUCAGGCUCAGACUCGACGGGCCAGUUCUCAAAUUAUCAGACCUGCUCCUCUGUUUGAGAGAUCCACCAGCAAACGAUACAACAUGUCCCGCAGCCUGGACGGAGCUCCCAUCUCAGAGAACCACGAGUCUCUGAUGAAAGAUGGCGGCGCUGGGGUUGUUGUCAAGGGCGACAGCAUCAUCACCACGGUAACGACAGAGAAGGAAGAGGAGCGGUCCGAGCAGGAAAACCAGGUCCAGACUGAGAUCCCAACCACAGAGGCCCAGAGCACAGAGGCAGUCACUGUCAGGCCUGAUACCAAGAGUUCCUCGCAUCUGUACAACGAACUCUCUCUCCCCUCCUCUCCAGUUGUAUCCAACAAACUUCGCCGUCGCCGUAGAGACACUGCAAGAAAACGCGCUUCGUCUGUCAGCCCGGUUAAAAACGGCGAAAGUUGCAAGCGUAAGCAAGCUAAAGCUGACAGGAAAGCCGCGUUAUUGGAGGAGCAAGCGCUUUUGCUAUCUGCACGUAAACAGCGGCUCGAAACAAAAUCGCGAGGAGGGACCCUUUUCUCUUUCUCCUUGCACCUUCCCGAUAUGUCCUCCAUUUUGGAUGAAGACGGAUACCUGACUUUCCCGGAUUUGUCGGAGAUGCGCUUCUUGCCAGAGUGUGCCCAGAAUUUCAUGGCCAUCAAAUCGCCAUCGCUCAUCCCGUGCUUUCUCUUCAUCUUUUUCUUCCUCCUUUCCACCUCUUUCUCCAUACCAUAUGCUCUCACUCUCUCCUUCCCGCUGGCGUUGUGUCUUUGCUACCUGGAGCCCAAAGCAGCGUCCCUGACCGCCUCCAUAGCACAGGGAUACACUGACCAAGACAGUUCAGAUGAAGAGGAGACUGACAGUGAACAGACUGAUUUUGCGUUUGAUGGAGACAUGACCCCAACCGAGUCGGAGGUGGAUGAGGAUUCUGAGAUGCGCACACAGGACAGCUCCACCCCGGCAGAGAUGGUCAAACAUCAGACGAAUAUCAGCGAAUUGAAGAGAUCCUUCCUGGAGACAGGACCCACCUCUCCAGGUCUGAGCGAGUGGGACAAAAGGCUCACGUCUUCCCCAACGCACUCCCCCAAACUCGACGACGCCCCCAUGAUUGAACCUCUGGAACUACAGGACACUAAAGAGCCACCUGCAGAGGAGACAAAGGAGGAACACAAAGCCACCGAGACAUCACCGGUUGUAGAAGACAAGACCGCCAUCGCGACAGAGUCAAAACCAGAUCAAGUUGAGUCCACAAGUCCAACGACUGUCGAAAAUGACGUGAGCACCAAAGAGAUGCCCCCCGUGGUCCACACAGAGACAAAAACCAUCACCUAUGAAGCAGCAGGGGCGGAGACAAAUGGUGACGCAGAUCCCGGAGUGUUGCUAAGCGCCCAAACCAUCACCUCGGAAACCACCAGCACCACGACGACCACUCACAUUACAAAGACGGUGAAAGGAGGAAUAUCAGAGACAAGAAUCGAAAAAAGAAUCGUGAUAACGGGAGAUGCAGACAUCGACCAUGAUGAGGCCCUGGCCCAAGCCAUAAAGGAGGCCAAAGAGCAGCACCCAGACAUGUCAGUGACCAAAGUAGUGGUUCAUAAAGAGACAGAGAUCACGCCAGAGGAAGGAGAGGACUGACCCAGGAGUGACCACAGCGCUGUCUUCUGUCCAACUUAAAAACCUCCAAAUAAUCAAACCUAACUGUGCAUCGUACGCCGGGACUAAACCACGACUGGCUUUGUAAGAACCGCAGCCCGUGCUAGUCGCCACCAUCCACCUGCAAAACCAACCAACAAACCGUAUCGCCUUUAGCAUGAGAAGGGCAAACCGCUGCGAAGAAACCCUCCAAACUGUACGAUUUUAACAAAAAAGUGGUUUUCGCUUGAUCCCAGUGUCCAACAAGCGAACCAUCUUUUUUUUGCUUUCACUGCCUUAAUAUGAUGUUGAUGCAAUUUUAUGAUUACUGAGAAUAAUAUUAAUUGUAGCUGCAUUUUUAUUUAAGAACAAGCCAUCACUCCAGUUUAAAGUUGCACUGUGUAACUUUUCUGGUGGAGGGGGGUGUCUCUAACCUGCGUGUUGCCAUGGGAAUGUGAUCGCUUUCGACCGGAAUGUUCCACGGUAAGGCAUUAAACUUGCUCUCCAUGGGGCCACCUUGCUCACGGUAACAACGCCUAUUUUCAAUGUAUUUCUGCAAUAAAAACCCUCAUAACUGCAGGAAAGAUCGGUGCAAUGCCAUAGUGCGGAAUAUUCCAGGCAAAGCAAUAACAUCCCCAUGGAGACAAGUAUAGUGCAGACCCUUCGCCAGAAAAGUUCCAUAGUGUACAUUUAUAUUUGCUAUAGGCUGUGUGUAUAUGUUACUAUAAGCAUAGACUAUUUAACCUCCGCUGUAGAAAAGUGCCAACCUUAUAUUGCCAGCGAGCAUUGCCGCACUCCUUUUUCUCCAUAGGGGGCGCUACUACAUACACCAAAAUCACUAUACAGUACGGUCCUGCAGUGUACAUAUCAGAGCUUAUCUAGCAAACAGCAAAUUAGUCUUUACCUAUUGAUUUUGAAUUGUGGUAUUUUAUGUAUUUUCUGAUCAUUUUAACAUAUUUUAUUGAUUCCUACGCAACAGUUUUCAUUUUGUUUUUUUGAAAUUCCCACUAAUGCCAAGGAAUCAAGCUGGAUUUUAAUGUGCCUGUGCAAGAAUAUGUUUGAGGUUAAAAAAAGCAGUAGACUCGUCCAGUCUGCAGCUCGGACCUCCGAACAUAUCCGCUUUCAAACUGUGUUCAAAUGCAUAUCUAUCAUCUACACCACCGUGCCCCACACACCACAACAGGCAGUGCAUUGUUUUAAUUUGCUGUCCUUCUCAAAUAAAAUCAUG